UAAUUCAGUUGACCCGAAAGCCAGCGAGAUGAUAGAGGGAGGAAGGUGGGCUGGCAGCCAUGAUGGUCACACCUGCCAUCCCCCUGCAGAGGGCUGGGUGAAGGAGUCGGGAGGAGACACAGAAGGCUUUCUGAGAAUCACUGUACCUAGAAGAAGGGCCUGGGCUCUCGUCUGUCGAAAUGGGUUGUAGUCUGAACAAGUUGGAGAAACAUGAGGAGAAGCGGCCCGGGAACAUCUACUCAACUCUGAAGAGACCUCAGGUGGAAACCAAGGUAGAUGUGACGUAUGAAUACCGCUCCCUCGAGUUCACCACGCUGACUGCUGCGGAGCUGCCAAGGUCCUCAGCGGUGAGGUUAGCCUCUCUGCGGGAUCUGCCUGGCCAGCUCCUGGAGCUGUACCAGCAAGGCUUCUCGCUGGCCGCCCUCCACCCGUUUGUGCAGCCAACACACAGGCAAGAGAAGAUACUCCUGGAGCACAUCUUUAGGGCCAUCCUGGUCAAGAAAAUCAGCAGGUCUCAGAAGGCCGAGCUUCACAAUGAAGACUACAUUUUGGAACUGGAUUACUGCUCCUCCUUAGAACACCUGGUAGACCAGAAGCUCAUCCCAGAGUUCAUUAAGAAGGUCCAGGAGGCCGCAAGUCGGGGCUUGAAGUUCGUCAGUGUGAUACCUCAAUACCAGUCCUCUGUGAAUGCAGCAGGCAGCAGCCGCUCUGUGCCUACUGCCAACAGUGUUGUGGAUGCCAAGGACAUGAAACACACCUUUGGGGACCACAUAUCCUUGGAAAAUGAUACCCCAAAGGCUGCACUGAUGGAUGCUGCCACUGCAGGAGUGAACCGAAGACCAGAGCCCAACCCAGGAUCCACAGGGCAGGUGCCCAGGACCCAGCAGCCAGGCAUUCCCUCUCCCUCUGAAGAGAUAGAGGCUGGCGAGCUUCCACUGCGGGGGUUGAGCCCAGGACUGGAUGGACCAGAGGGUGACCCCUCAAAUGGGCACGAAGAGCAGCUCUCGAGGAAAAUGGAGAUCUUCACCUUUUUCAACAGACCGAAGAGCCAGCAGAAGUGUCGGCAGUACUACCCCGUCACCAUCCCCCUCCAGGUCUCCAAGAACGGCCAGACAGUGAGCAGUCUGGACGCCAGCUGGCUGGAGCACAUGAGUGAUCAUUUCCGGAAGGGCGGUGUGCUGGUGAACGCCGUCUUCCAGCUUGGAAUGGCCAGUGAUUCCUUCUAUGGCCCGACAGAUGGAGUAUUCAUCUUUGAAGCUGUCUCCACAGAAGAUAGCAAAACCACACAGGGCUAUGACGCUAUUGUUGUGGAACAAUGGACAGCCCUGGAAGGUACGGAGGUGCAGUCAGACUAUAUGCCCCUGUUGAACUCGCUGGCAGCCUAUGGAUGGCAGCUCACCUGUGUGCUACCAACUCCCAUACUCAAGACUACCAGGGAAGGGACCCUGUCCACCAAGCAGAUUGUGUUUCUUCAGAGACCAUGUCUACCUCAGAAAACCAAGAAGAGGGAACCUAAGUUCCGCUGGCGAUUCUCGCGGGAAGACAUCCACAGCAGGCAGACAAGGAAAUCCAAAGGCAAACUCAACGCCAGAGACAAGCAGCAAGCCGAACUGACCGAGAAGAAUCCCGAAGACCAGUUUCCCAAGGCUGGAGAUGUGGGAAACUGUGUGCCUGGGACACAGCAGUGGGGCGGAGCCUCUGAGGUCAGGGAGCAAAGGCGGGGCUCAGGGGCUGUGCAGAAUGGUCCUGCUGGCCACAACAGGGACUCUGUGGCUCCCAGGCACUCGGACCCCCGAGUAGAGGCUGAGCUUGCCUCAGGGCCUGCUCCAGCAGAGGCAAAUUGAGUCCGUGAUUUGUGCUAGGCCUGCAGUGUGAUGGCAGACCCUGGGAAACUUGCUAGCAGCUAGUUUGUUCUGUGUUACCCUUUGGCUUGAGCUUCCAUUGUUAGCUCAGUGGGCUCUGUUAGGGCCAGUCUCUGAUGGUGUUCUCUGCACAUCCACUGGAAAGGUAUCUUAACAAUCCACAUAUGUUAGAGUGCAAGGUCGGAAUAUUCCUUUCUAGACCUCAAGGCUGGAGGCCUGACUCUGGUCCCACCACUGCCCCAAGGGGGGGCAUGGACCAUACAGUGCCUGUACUGC